AAAUAGCUGCAAUUUUGUUCUUCUGUUCAGAGAAAAGGAGCACAUGCUUAGGAAAUGAGAGGGAAUACAUUGACUUUUUUUUUUCUUGCUUUGAAAGUAUUUAAAUGACUUGCCUAAGAAAUGUCUGAGGUUAGAGAAGGACAGAUAGAAGGGAAGGUGGCCAAAACCCAAGGAAGUUAUUUUGGUAAUUUGAAUGAACACUCAUUACAUUUUCCCCCAUCAGUCUGUGCACUUGCUCCAAAUAGCUCCUGGUUUGGGUUUAGGCAGCACAGACUGCAUUUGCAUUUCUUCCCAGGCAUAUGCUCCACUCUCUGUGCCUCUGGGUUCAAUGCCAGUCCCAAAGCUCCUGAAAACAGAGAGGGGUUUGUGGGCAUCUCCUGUGUACUGACCCUGCAGAAGAAAGGCUUGUACCCUGGAACUGAGGAAGAGAGAUUUCAAAAUUGGGGGGUGGGUAAGAUGGUGGAGACAUCCCACGUGAGCACCAGGGUGUAACAAUUUUUCGAGUAUUCCAUGGUACUCUACUCAGUCCUUUUUGCUGGGCAGCUCCUGUUUAAUCCUGUCUACCAACUACCAUCAGAACAUGGGGGAGAAUGAAGAUGAGAAACAGAGCCAGGCUGGCCAGAUUUUUGAGAACUUUGUCCAAGCGUCCACAUGUAAAGGCACCCUGCAGGCUUUCAACAUCCUCAUUCGGCACCUGCAGCUGGACCCUUCGGACCACAGAAACUUCUAUUCCAAGCUGAAGUCUAAGGUGACGACCUGGAAGGCCAAGGCCCUUUGGAAUAAACUAGAUAAACGAGGAACCCACAAAGAGUACAAGCGAGGCAAGUCCUGCAUGAACACCAGGUGUCUGGUGGUUGGAGGAGGACCCUGCGGCUUGCGGACUGCCAUAGAACUUGCCUACCUGGGAGCCAAAGUAGUCGUGGUGGAGAAGAGAGAUACUUUCUCCAGAAACAAUGUGCUGCACCUGUGGCCAUUCACCAUUCAUGACCUGCGGGGUCUGGGUGCCAAAAAGUUCUACGGGAAGUUCUGCGCGGGCUCUAUCGACCACAUCAGUAUUCGACAGCUUCAGCUCAUCUUGUUCAAGGUGGCGCUGAUGUUGGGAGUGGAAAUCCAUGUGAACAUAGAGUUCGUCAAGGUCCUCGAGCCUCCUGAAGAUCAGGAAAACCAAAAAGUAGGCUGGCGAGCAGAAAUUCUACCUGCAGAUCACUCACUAUCUGAUUUUGAAUUCGAUGUCAUCAUUGGUGCUGAUGGCCGCAGGAACACUCUAGAAGGUUUCAGAAGGAAAGAAUUCCGUGGGAAGCUGGCUAUUGCGAUCACUGCCAACUUCAUAAACAGAAACACCACGGCCGAGGCCAAGGUGGAAGAAAUCAGUGGGGUGGCUUUCAUCUUCAAUCAGAAAUUCUUUCAGGAUCUUAAAGAAGAAACAGGAAUCGACCUGGAGAACAUCGUCUACUACAAGGACAGCACUCACUACUUUGUCAUGACAGCAAAGAAACAGAGCCUCCUGGACAAGGGGGUCAUUGUGAACGAUUAUAUUGACACGGAGCUCCUGCUUGGCUCAGAGAAUGUAAACCAAGACUGUCUGCUGUCCUAUGCGAGGGAAGCAGCUGACUUUGCUACCAAUUACCAGCUGCCUUCCCUGGACUUUGCCAUGAAUCACUAUGGCCAGCCUGACGUGGCCAUGUUUGACUUUACUUCCAUGUAUGCUUCUGAGAAUGCGGCCCUAGUCCGGGAGAGGCAGUCCCAUCAACUCCUCGUGGCAUUGGUGGGAGACAGCUUAUUAGAGCCUUUUUGGCCUAUGGGCACAGGUUGUGCUCGGGGUUUCUUGGCCGCCUUUGAUACAGCCUGGAUGGUGAAGAGUUGGGAGCAGGGAAUCCCACCCCUCGAGAUCUUGGCUGAGCGGGAGAGUCUUUACAGACUGUUGCCUCAGACAACACCAGAAAACAUCAGUAAGAACUUUGAACAGUAUACCCUUGAUCCUGGCACUCGGUACCCAAACUUGAAUUCGAACUGUGUCCGGCCCCAUCAGGUAAAGCAUUUAUACAUUACUACGGAGCUGCAUCAUUUGCCUCUUGAGAGAUUUGGUUCCAUUAGAAGAUCAGUCAGUCUUUCUCGGCGGGAAUCUGACAUCCGGCCCAACAAGCUUUUAACCUGGUGUCAGAAGCAGACUGAAGGCUACCAGCAUGUCAGCGUCACUGAUCUGACCACCUCCUGGAGAAGUGGGCUUGCCUUAUGUGCCCUUAUCCAUCGCUUCAGACCAGAACUCAUCAACUUUGACUCUUUGAAUGAAGAAGAUGCCAUCGAGAACAACCAGCUGGCAUUUGACAUUGCAGAGAGGGAGUUUGGAAUCCCCCCUAUGACCACAGGCAAAGAAAUGGCAUCCUCCCAGGAGCCAGAUAAGCUCAGUCUGGUCAUGUACCUUUCUAAAUUCUAUGAAUUGUUUCGAGGGACACCUCUCAGAGCUGUUGAUUCUUUGGGUAAAAACUAUGGAGAAAAUGGUGACCUUAGCUUAGCCAAGUCAUCUAUUUUUAAUAAUUAUCUCAACCUCACAUUCCCCAGGAAGAGAACACCCCGGGUGGAGAACCUCACAGAAGAAAACGAUAUGAAUAAGCGAAGAAGGAAAGGCUUAGACAAUUUGGAAGAGCCAUCAAGUUUUUCUAGCCGCAGCAUUGGCUCAUCUCGGGAGUAUGGCAUCAGCAGGGAAGGCAUGAAUCAAAAUAAAGUUAAAUCCAUGGCCAACCAGCUGCUGGCCAAAUUUGAAGAGAAUGCACGGAAUCCGUCUUUUCUGAGGCAGGAGCAAGCUCUUUCCAACCUAGGUAAGCCGGUCCUCCACUCUUCUGCUGGCCCUCCUGUAAACUCUCACUUUGCUAAGCCAGAGGACCCCACACCCAGCCCAUCUCCUCCUCUCAAAAGGCAGUUUCAGGCAUUAGCUAAGACUGAGCAGGUGCUCAGGGAGGCAAAGCAAGCUUCUGCUAGCGACUGCCUGACCAGGCCUUCGAGAGCACGAGCCAAAUCGGACCUUCAGCACCCCCAGGCAGGAAGCAUGGCUCCUCUUCCAUCCGCCUACCCCGGGGCAUUCGCUCUCGUUGGGGCACUGAGGCGCCUGCAGAACGUGGAGGAAAAGAUUCACCAGAAGAGGGCUCAAAACUUAGCCAACAGGGAGUUUCACAAAAAGAAUAUUAAAGAGAAAGCUGCUCACCUUGCCUCCAUGUUUGCAAGUGAGGAUUUUCCCCAGAACAAACUACUCACCAAAGGCCUUUCCCACCCUCCUUCUCUUCCUUCCUCUUGCCUUUCAUCUCGUGACUCAACUGAUACUUCCUUUUCCUCAUCUGUUGACUCUUCUUCCUCUGACCGAAAGUCCUUUGUGCCAGGCGCUCCUGGAAAGCCUAACCCUGCUCCAAAGAAGGCAUAUAAGCAAAAGUUAUUUCAGCCAGACCCAGGCCAGAUGACAGUAGGGAAAGUGUCUCGAGGAAUAGGGGCAGUGGCUGAAGUUCUGGUCAAUCUGUAUAUGAAUGAUCACAGACCCAAGACCCAGGCCGCUUCUCCAGACCGGAGGAAGGCAAUGGACCAAACAUCCCUCCCACUCAAUUCAUCUAUUUCUCCAACUGGGGCCUCUCCUGGCUGGAAUCACCAGGGAUCUUUAAGAAAAGAAUUCCCCCAGAACCUUGGAGGCAGUGACAUCUGCUAUUUCUGUAAGAGGCGUGUAUACGUGAUGGAGCGCCUGAGCGCCGAGGGCCACUUCUUUCACAGGGAAUGCUUCAGAUGUGAGGUCUGCUCCACCACACUUCGCCUGGCUGCCUAUGCCUUUGAUGCAGAUGAAGGGAAAUUUUACUGCAAAACUCAUUUCAUUCACUGCAGAACCAAUAGUAAGCAAAGGAAGAGACGAGCAGAACUGAAGAGACAGGAAGAGGAGGAAGCACAGGAGAAACAGCAAGAAGUCAAGUGGUCAGACCCUUCCCCUGAAAUUCUCGGUCCUGCUGUCAACAGCCGAGAAGCCAGCCCUCCAGCAGAUUUUCUCCUCUCAGCAGAUGAGCCAACUUCCCCUAAAAAGCCAAAGAGCAUCUCUGGACCCUGUGAUGCGGAUGGCCAGAGGGGUCUGUUCCCUGCAGAAUGGACCUCUGUGAAAAUCGGCCCCAAGGGAGAAGGGAAUGAAGAUGACGUCCUGGCCAUUUGUGUCAUGGUCACCAGUGAUGGCAGCAGCUCUGAGACAGAAUCGGAUUCUGGGGAUAAUUCCUCCCAAAUGCAGUUUAGUGAACAGAAGACAUUAAAGUCUCAACAGCUGCCCUGCCCAAAGCCCUUCCGAAGGCAAGUUUCCCUGACCGUUCCCCAGAAUAGGAGGCCAGGCACUGGGUGCCCUGAAGAGUCAAAGGUGGCAAAUGCUCUGCAUCGGGCCCAUAGCUUCCAACAUCCGACUUCAAACAAAUACCAAAACGGGAGGAGAAAAUGCCAAUCUAAUUUGACAUCACCGAAUAGUAAGAAAUCUGUGCUGUCUUCCAAGGAUCCUCCUUAUUCUUCCUCAGCCCCUGGUCCUGGGAAACCUUCUGGUGAUGUUCCCCUGCCUCAGGCGACAUACACCACUUCUCCUGAAAUCAAAAGAAGACAUUCCCAGCCCCAAAGUCCAAUCAUUCAGGGAAGAGUUCGCAUGCGAGAGGUGUGUAAAGAAAUUCCUCUCUAUAUACCUCAUCGUUUCCAAAAAGAAGACUCUUCUUCCACUCAUGGGCCUGGGGAUGUUGGUAUGAAGCUUGCCAAUGGCCAUUGGAAAACUAAAACAAUUCCUUGGAAAACUGGAAAUACCCGGGAUGGUCCAGAUCAUGUUGGAGUAGAGCCUAGGAGCAGGCCAUCUCUAUCCUUAACUUCUGAGAAGAGCCAAGGGAAUACGACUAUAGGAAGUAAGACAGAAGAGAACGAGCUGAAAUCCAAUGAGGGGAGAAAACAAUGCUUAAAGAAAUUGGCCCUCACUCAAGAACAAAAGUCUCAGUUGCUGGACUGGAAUGAUGCCAAUGCAGAGAAUCUAAGCUUGGACACUGGAGAAUUGAUGCAUGCGGGCAAUGAAAGAGGUGAAACAUCAAAGUUGUCUAACCUUUCAUCAUUUCCUGGACCAGCCAAGGAGGCCUUAUCACACCAGAGAGAGACUCCACAGGAAUCCUGUGGCCCAACACCGAGGGCUACAAGGGAGGGAGCAGUAAAUAGACCCAAGUCCCCUCUUCGACUGAUAGCAAAUGCAAUUAGGAAGUCCUUGGAGCCCCUCCUCUCUAAUCCAGAAGGUGGGAAGAAGAACAGUGACUCCAGACCAAAGACACUGAUGGAGAAUUUAUCCCUGAAUGGUCCCCAACCUUGUGAUCAAUCUCCAAACUUAAAGAAAACCAGUUAUAGUAAAAACUGUGAUGUGCAGAAGCCCACCCUCAGCUCCUUAUUGGUACCUGGAAAUGAGAGAGGGACCUCAGACUCAGCCAUUUCAUUACAUGUUGCCCCCGAGGCACAACCAGUGACACGGGGCCUUUCAGAUAGAGUUGCCCGAGCUCGCAGUUUGCCCAGUAGGCAAAAGAGGUCCAUGACCCUACCCUCUGCCAUUGUAGAAGACAGCUCCACGCUCCUGGACAAAGUUAAUCUGAAAGAGGUACUACUGGGUAAGUCUUUGGACCAGUACAAAGCCCUGACAAAGAAGGGCAGUCUCUUUUCUUCUUUUAGACUCAAAGAAAAAACUUAUGAGAGUCUGGGGUCAAUGAAAACAAGGAAGGAUCUUGGCAGUAUUUUUAGUAACCCAGGAGCAAAAGACAUCUGUUACACUCCAAAGAAACCCUCAGAGCCCUGGAAUAAGUCUUCCUCAGGCCAAAUGGACAUUCUUCUCCCUGGAGAAAACUUAAGCUCCAUGCACCUACCUGUCAGAGCCCAGAUGACUGAGUGUUAUUCUUCCUUCUCCUCUUCUGAUACCACCUCCUCUUCAGAUGGUGAAUUUGAACCCCAACCUUCCCUACCACCAAAGGAGAGACGAACACUUAAAAGAAUAAGGAAGAUGGAGAAGGCUUCCAAACAGUUGGCUAAGCAAGAAGAAUUCAAAAGGCUUUACAAGGCCCAGGCUAUCCAACGCCAGUUGGAAGAAGUGGAAGAACGUCAAAGAGCCUCAGAGAUCCAAGGAGUUGAGCUGGAAAAGGCUCUGAGAGGAGAGUCAGAUUCAGGCGCACAGGAUGAGGCACGGCUCCUGCAUGAAUGGUUUAAGCUGGUCCUGGAGAAGAAUAAAUUAAUGCGAUAUGAAUCUGAGCUCUUGAUCAUGGCCCAAGAAUUAGAAUUAGAAGACCACCAAAGCAGAUUAGAGCAGAAACUAAGAGAAAAAAUGUGUAUGGAAGAGAGCGAAAAAGACGACAGCAUUCGGAAUGAGGAACAGGAGAUUUUCACCAAAAUGAUGAGAGUGAUUGAGCAGAGAGACAGACUGGUAGAUUCCUUAGAGGAGCAGAGAGUGAAAGAAAAAGCUGAAGAUCAACACUUUGAAAAUUUUAUGUUAUCUCGAGCUUAUCAACUCAGCAGAUCUUGAAGAAAUACCGGUGCAUCCCAGUCACUUGUGGCAGCUUGAGGAGCUUGUGGAUCAUAAAAACAAUAAGUUGCCUGAUGAAAUAUGGUUGGGGAAAUUUAUGGUUUAUGCCCCAAGGGGGUGAAAUUUAGGGGACAAAGACCACUACACCUGUAGCCCUUUUGGCAACAGAUGAACAACUGAGCUCAGCACCCAUAACAACUAUAACCCUAGGGAAUCUUUUUCCUACCACUCCCCCACCCCUGAGACUGACAUCACAGGUCCUGGGAUAAUUAAUACUCUUCCCAAAGAUAGAUUUUCUUUUCUUUUAAAAAGAAUAACAGCAUGGUAGAGCACUCAAUUAUGUUCUGAGAGGCUGGGUUCAAAUUAUGCCUCCAGCACCUAGUACCUGUGUGAAUUUGGGCAAAUGAAUUCAUCAUUCCAGGACUUAGUUCCCCAUGUAUGCAUAAUGAAAGAAUUAGACCAUCUUUUUGAGGCUUCUUCCAACUUGAGAUCUAUGAUCUUAUCAUGAUGAUGAUAACAAGUAGUCUAAUCAGAUAUUUAACAGCUCUCCUAAAGAUUACCAAGGACCAUUUUGAAAAUGUUGGUCUUGUCACCUGAUACUCUGUUGCUCUUUCCAUGGAGUACCUGUGCCUGGAGAAUGGGCAUCAUCUCUCAUCCCUGUGGAAGUGACCCCCACACUUGGGCUUUAUUGUUACGCUUAAGAUUUUUCUUUCUUAAUCCUCUAAUAUCAUGGAGGGGGCUCCCUGUGCUUUAGCAUUUUAAAAGAGACUUUCCCCCCCAUCAAUUUAUCCUUAUUUGCCUUUUUUUGUAUGGGUGAACUGUUUCCAAAUGUCAGAAGGAAGCUCCACUGGUUUAGAGAUUAGAUUACUAUUUAAAUUGGGUUUCUAGAGAAGGAAGAGAAACCCCUUCGCCUACUGAUUACACAAAGCAAACAUCCAGUAUAGCAGGUGUGAAUUCAAUCUAGGGUGGGUUUAAUUUACCAGGUGCAUUUGCAAACCCUAAUGUAAUGUCCACAAGGGAUGUACUUUUAAUACAACAUUUGAGUCCUAAUUUUGUCCAAGUCCCAAACUGUUACUUAAUACUAGAGGGAUUAACAUCUUUGAUGAAAUGUUAUGGGCUUAAAAAUGUCUUGCCUUUGGGGAACUCUAUCUGGUAGGGUCCUGAACAUGAAAAGGCAAGUUGGAGAAUGAUUAGGUCUUCCUAAUUCAUGCUUCUCUGGGGGUUUUUAUUGACUAUCCUUGAUAGAAAAAUAAGAGAAACCCUGAUCAUGGGCAUUAAUGGUCCAGCUCCUGUUUGGAGUUGCUGCUAAAAUAUGACAAUCUAGGUCCAAGUUAGUGUGAAUAAUGGGUCUCUUCAAGUGGUCACAUGCAUUUGAAUUCACACUAUUCAAAAUUAUAAUUAUAUAAAAUUAAGUAAUUGGUUGCAACCCAAUAGAUGUAUUCAGAAUGAAUUUGAAGACUAAGACUGCUUGAGAGUUGUUAUUCCCUCUAAUUGAUAUAGUGGACUUGCCCACUCAUGCAUUUUUCAUGUCCAAAUUCCAUUUGAUUUAGGAAGUUUCCUUUAGUGGUUGGUAUUAAGGCCAUGUGGAUUUGGAAGCAACACCUUUGGAUCAAUCAGAAGAUGGUGAUGGUUUCCCAACACAAUAGGAUCCCUUCAAAGAACUGUUUGUACUUGGCCAGGAAGAAAGUCACCAAGUCCCGGAUGUCUCUGUUGCUCAGUUUGACCAAAGGUUUUGUUUGUUAUUAGGUAAAAGGUGCUUCUUUCAUCAUAUCUAGGACUUACGGACUAUGCAACUUGACUUAAUCUAAUUUUAAAAUCUUCAUAAUAAGCUAAUCUGUGAAACUAAUCUCUUUGUGUCUAUGAUUGCCUAAACCACCCCAACAGCACCUUAUGUAGAAAAGGGAAAACUGUCACACCGGCUAAAGCCUGGCCUUCGUGCCAUAGGCUCUCUUUCACUGAAAUGGCCCAUCCAUUGUCUUGGUAUUCAUUUAGACACACUGACAUUCUCAAGUCUUGAAUCCCAAUUUAUCCAUAGCAUAUAUGGUAAUGUUCUCAAAAUCAAGGCUUUCAAUGUCUUUUAUUAUGAAUCAGGCUUGACCCUUGCUCUGAGAGCUGCAAGAUAGCCUACUGUCCUCAUGAUAAAAAAAUGAUCUAGGUUCAAAAAAUUCUGCCUCAGAAAAUUACUAGAUUUUGAUGCUGAAGUCACUUAAACUUUUUGAACCUCAGUUUACUCAUCUAUAGAACUGGCCUAAUAAUAACCAUAGCACUCAUCUCACAGGACUGAUGUGAAGAUCCAGUGAGGUUAUAUAUAUAUAGUGCUUUGCAAACUUUAAAGUACUACUACUCUUAAAACUUAAAACCCCACUAAAACUUUUGGGACACCUUUUAUAUUUAUGUAUCUAUUUAUUUGUAUAUUAGGUGGUCAUAGGUAAUAAAACUUCCCUAAUACUCUGCUUUCUGUUUUGUCAUAUGGUGAGAUAUGUUUUUAUAAUAGUGCAUAAGCUAUUGAAUUGCCUAAGGACUAUAGGCAAUAGGUUUUUUGACAAUAGUACCUGCUGCUUGUGUAGCAUUUUCAAGCUUGCGGAACAUUUUGCGUUUAUUAAGCACCUACUCUGUGCCAGACAUGGUGCUAAGCACUGGGAAUACUAAGAGAGUCAAAGGACAAUCCCUGCCUUCAAGGAGUAUAAUAAUCUAACAGGGGAGACAACAAACAAACUGAUAUGUAUAAACCAGCUACAUAUAGGAUAAAUUAUUGUUUGUCUUUUGUUUCUUUAAAAAAUGUUAUUUUAAAAAGGUUUUUUCCAGAUUAUGUUGAUAUAAUUUUUAAUAAUUGUUGUCUGAUAUUUUGCAAUCCAUGUUCUCUCCCUCCCUCCUAUUCUUCCCUCCUUCUCCAGGAUGACAGGUAAUAUGAUAUAGAUUGUACAUGUGUUAUUAUACAACCUAUUUCCAUGUUUGUCAUGUUGUGAAAGAAGACAUAUCACUUACACUUGAGAAAAAUAAAAGGAGGAAAUAAAAU